AUGCAAAAUUAUUACGGCAAGGCAAUUCGGGGAAACAAAGGAAAUCUGGAAGGGAUGAGGAGCAGCAUUAAAGCCAUUCAGCACCACAUGAUAAAGAAUGAUGAACUAACACUAGAACAACAACACCAAUACUGUCCCAAAUCAUCUGAUACAUGGUGCAAAUACUGGAAGGACAAAGCCGACGGAACUAAGUUGUACAAUGAAGAUAACCGGUUACCUGAGGUUUUUAUGAAACAAUUGGACCCACUUUUCACAAGGCUAUCUAAUGAUGACCUCUUGAGGAGGUGUUUGAAAGGGAUGACCCAGAACCAGAACGAGGCAGCUAAUGGUGUGUUAUGGUCCAAGUGUCCGAAAACCAAGUUCUGUGGUGCAAGGCGCGUACGUAUUGCAGUAUGUGAGACAGUUGCUGUGUUCAACACUGGUGCUGCAAGCAAAGCUGUGAUAAUGAACUUGUGUGGUGUCACCCCUGGAGUCCAUACAAUGAGAGCUCUUAGAAAGCAGGAUGACACCAGACUGAAGACUGCAGCUAAAAAGGUAAGUAUGAAGUACCGAGAGAAAAGACAGAAACUCAGGGCGCAGCGAAAGUCAAAAGGUGACAAGAUGGCAUACCAACCUGGUGGCUUUGGACUAAGUGCCAAGCCUGUUGACACUGGAAAGAAAAGAAAAAGAACACCAAAACAGACAAAAACCAAUGACGUAAAUGAACAACCACAAAUAACCUUUGUUAUGCCGACUAUUGAAGUAGUUGGUAAAAAACGACGGACAUGA